AUGACAUCUCCGCGGGGCCAGGAGGAAACCGGAGCUCCUCCGCGCAGCAGCACGCCUGCCACGAGCUCCGAAGGCAUCGCCAUCGACGACCUGCGAUGCUUCACACGCUCCCCCCAUCCCUACCACCUGAAAAGCAGCGCCAGCGCCCGACGCCACGGUUCGCACACCCCGCCCUCCGAGCAGGGCGACCUUCUCCGGCCUCCCUCCUACUACUCCAGCAAGUCAUCGCGGACGCCGAGCGACAGCGGCACCGAGGCCGACGAUGAAAGCACGGGACUCCUGCGCGGUCUGCCGGCUCCGCCGCUACGGCCCCGGAAAGGCUUGCGGGUUGGCACAAAUGGCACUGUCGUCGCGGAUACCGAUCCCUGGAUGCCCUCGCUGCAUCCCUGGCCGCCGCUGCUGGUGCGGACCAUUCCCCGGAAGAGCUCGCGGUGGAGCUCUGAUACAGAGGCUGAGGGGCGGAUGGCGGAGAAGCGCCAGAUGUUGAACCGGAAGAGACGGGUCGAGGUCCUGAGGCGAUUGUUGGAGACGGCGCUGUUGCUCUCUGUUGGAGGGGUGGUUUUGCUGCAGAGAGAUGCGCGGGCGCUGGCUUGGGCGUGGAGGAAAGAGCUCGCAACCCACGGCCUUCUCGUUACUGGAUUGUAUGCCGCUUUUCCCUUCACGAUCCGGGCUGCAACAAGCGGCCGGAGAUGGCGCCUAUGGCCCAAGAACCGGCCUUUCUUUUCUAUACCUUCGAGUUUUGACCCGGCACCUCUAUUAUAUCCGCUUCUCAUCCCGAUCUUCGUCUCGUUGUCUCUGACACACCACCGCACGGCCCUGGCCAUGCCCAACAUCAUCCUCAGUCUCUCCUCUCUACCCCCGCUGGUUGUCCCACUACAUCACUGGGCUCAUGGCUUCAGUACAUCGCAUUGGAUGGUCACUUUGAUACCCAUCGUCAUCUCCGAACAUACAUUCUUCGAUUCUACAAUACCGAAGCCACUGUCAUUACGCGGGUUCGAUGCAGAAGCAUUGACUCUUCUUUUUCCUUUGCAUCAAACAUUGAUACCCACAUUAGACUUCUUGUUGACCACCAGCCUUCUUCCCGCCGAGCUGCAGCUGCUGACCACGGCGCUGAUCAACCUAUACUUGUUUGCCGCCUCGCCACAGGCGCAGAUUCUCAAAGCCUUGUUGUGGCUGGGUGGGAUGUGUAUUCUCAUUUCGUGUCGCCAUCUUCUACGUUGGGAGGUUGCUCUCGCGCGCAUCCCUAAUUGGAAGUUCCGUCGCCCGCCAAACCGUUCGCAAUCGCCCCGCAAAUUCUUGAAUAUGAUGGAUCAUCGGAUCUGUGAGAAGCUGAGCAGAGCUUGCGUCUCGGAUGGACCCAUGUCGGACAGUGACGAGCCAAGUGCAUUCCAAAACUCGCGCCGGACGAAGACCAUACCUCCAAUCUGUGAGUCCGGGCUCCUAUCCGCCGAACCUAGGAGUGCCACUGGCGAUAUAUCCAUGACGAAAGCCCUCGAGCAACAUAUACAUACUGUCCAGCGACGACGACAUUCGAUCGCCACGUUCGACGAGGUGAUUCGUGAGGAACGGGUCCGCACCACGCCCGGUGGCCGGCGGAAGAAAUCCAUGGAGCCGGGGCUCGCCUCGUUCCUCUCGCUCACCGCUGCCCAAGCGCAGGUCCGGAAAUGGCUGUACGCAUUGUGUGUUUAUGCGACCUCCGUGCUGAUUAUUCUCGGCCCGAUCCGAAAGUACGUGGCUGAGUACGCUCUGCAUGGCCAGGAUCCGUUUGCGUGGGCGCUGGGAUAUCUAUUCGGCAAUCUGUCUGGAUUCCGAUUCUGGGUGCUCAUGCUGAAUUUUGAAUAUUGGAUUCAGCUGCCCCCUCGCGUGGACGGGGAUGCCUCGUGCUGGCUUGGCUGGGUCGAGCAUCUUCGUCAGACCACCGUCGGCGCUGCCAGCUCUCGUCUCCUGAUCAGUGGGUAUUGUCUCUUGGUGCUGUUGACCGGCUUGGCUGUGGUCUUCCAGCUCAGCUCUGUUGCCGAAGUCGACACGCGGCGCAAGUUAUUCCACGGCAUGAUGGUGCUGAUGUUUCUUCCGACGGUCUUUGUGGACCCGACAUUCUGCGCCAUGGCGUUGGCCCUGGUCCUGGCCGUCUUCCUCCUGCUCGACCUCUUCCGGGCGUCCCAGCUGCCUCCCAUCUCCCGCCCUUUAACAUAUUUCCUGGCUCCCUAUGUCGACGGUCGUGACCACCGCGGGCCCGUGAUUGUGUCGCACAUCUUCUUGCUCAUUGGAUGCUCGAUUCCGCUCUGGCUGUCUCUCGCCGACCUCCCUCGGACUGGUUUAGGCCCCUGGGCCGGUUGGGACGUGCCCUCCCGCGACGUCAGCAUGGUCAGCGGUGUGAUCUGCGUUGGCAUGGGCGACGCAGCGGCGUCUCUUAUCGGGCGGCGCUUCGGCCGGCUCAAGUGGUUCUGGGGCGGAGGCAAGUCGCUCGAAGGUAGCGUCGCUUUCGCGGUCGCUGUCACCUGUGGGCUGGUGGUUGUUCGUGCCUGGCUCCUGCUUGGCCGGUGGCCUGUGUCGGGAAUAGCGGAUGAAGACUCGGUGCUGUCCUCGACGUCGUUCUGGCUGGCGACGGUUGGCAAGGCCGUCCUGGCCGCUGGGGGAACCAGUGCCACGGAGGCGAUCCUGACUGGGUGCAACGACAACGUUGUGGUGCCGGUGGUGCUAUGGCUGCUCGUACGAGGGCUUGGUGUUUAA